AUGACCCUCACCAACAAGUUCCAAGAGCGUGUGAGACGCAAUGUUCAAGACUUCAAGCACGCCUUCACCAGCCGGGAAGCAUUCGUCAAGUACGUCGAGACGAAACCCAGUGCCGCUGCAAACGGCACGACCACGGAAACGGUUCGCAACCAAUGGACCAACGAGGACCUGGACAUCAGCCCUCCCGGUCAUCGGACGUGGGGAUGGUACGACUAUGCAGCUUUUUGGUUCAAUUACGGAUUCUCGCCUGGGAUGUGGUACUUGGGAGCCGCACUCCUCGCCAACGGACUGACGCCGGGGCAAGCACUGGGAUGCCUCUUCCUCGGCUUCGUUUUCGGUUCAGUCGGGAUCGUCAUUCACUCCCGCGCAGCUGCGACGUACCAUUUCGGGUUCCCCGUUGAAAGUCGACUCGUCUGGGGUCUCUGGGGAUCGUAUUUCCCCGUCAUCAUCCGAGCACUGUGCGCCUUGAUAUGGGGUGGCGUCACCAUCGCAACGGGCGGUUACUUUACCUCCGUCCUGCUGAGAUGCAUAUUUGGGAAUGGAUACUGGAACAUGCCAAGUCAUAUCCCGGAAAGUUCGCAUAUAACGGUGCAACAGCUCAUUGGAAUCAUUGUGUAUUGGUUCAUGACAUGCUGGACACUCAAUGUGCCUCUCCCCAAGCUUCGUCGGGCAUACGAGAUUCAAAUGCUGGUCACACCUCCGGUCAUAAUUGGGCUUUUCAUAUACUGUAUGUUGACCGGCCGAGGACAUGCACAUCAGGCAUUGUACGAUGUUGCGCCCAAACAUGGAGCGGCACUAUCUUGGGCAUUGCUGGCAGCUGUGAACUCGGGCUUGGCCAAGACAACAACACUCAUGGUCAACCAACCGGACAUUGCACGUUAUGCACGAAACAGAGUUGCUCCGGUGUGGUCGCAGCUCAUCAUGUUUCCCGCUGCAAGCACAGCGUGCGCCGCCAUGGGCAUAUACGCCACCCAGAGCAUCUUCAAUGCAUGGGGAAACAUAGAUUGGAACCCUUGGGAUUUGAACCAUGACAUGCUCGACCACGACUUUAGUCAUGGUCGCCGGGCCGGCCUGGCCAUCAUCAAUCUCGUGUUCAUUUUUGGGAACACGCUGAUCGAACUGGGAGCCAACGUCAUUCCGUUCGGAGCGGACUUCAUGUCCCUGUUCCCGCGCUGGCUCAACAUCAAACGUGGCAUGUGGAUGUGCUAUAUCCUCGGCGUGUGCAUCUGUCCAUGGCAGAUCCUUGCCACGGCCACGGGGUUCCUCAAGUUCUUGAACGGCUACAGCAUCUUCUUGGGGUCGUUUCUCGGCAUGGCUUUGACGGAUUACCUGGUGGUCCGCAAAGGCAAUGUCUUUGUCGGGGACCUGUACCAACCACGUGGGAGAUAUUGGUAUUUACACGGCGUCUCGUGGAGGGCAUUCGCAACGUGGAUCAUUUCGAUCAGUUUCAUGCUUCCAGGAUUUGCACAGACGUUUGGUGCCCAUAUCGGCGCCAGUGGAAACGGCUGGACUCAUCUGUACGCCUUUAGCUGGUUCUACACCUGCACAAUCAGCAGCGUGGUAUAUUUUGCACUGUCAUUCGUGGGCAAUUUCGCUCAGGAGGAGAGAGCCAUGCCGUUUGAGAGUCUGGCACGGACCAACGACGGUGUCGAGGAGUUACAGGCGGUCGAGGUGGUGUCCGAAGUUCAUCUGCCGGUUGAGCAGAAGGUUUAG